AUGGCUGAUCCAGAGAACAGCGAUUUGCCAGACGAAAUUGAGCCUCAGGUGCCGUACAAACCUCCUGCGCAAGUGUCUGUGAAAGAAAUUCUUGAGAAGGACAAAGAGGACCCGAGUCUUCAGCGGUAUAAAGAGCAGCUGCUGGGCAAUGCUGAAAACGUCGUUGUCGAUGCUUCGAACCCGCAAAACGUGAUCGUGAAUUCUUUGACGUUGCUGAUAAAAGACCUUCCUGAAGUUGUGAUGGACUUGUCAAUAAGCAAAGAUGAAUUCAUGGUGGGCUCAUAUGCGCCGCGGAAAGAAAUGCACUGUUUUACAACGCCUUUAGAAGAAGCGCCUUCAGGUGAGGGUUCUUGCUUCAUUGCUUUUAUUUGUCUUUAUUUUUUUGUAUUUUUUGGUGCCAUACAUCGCGGUUCCUAUAAAGUGAAGUCGCUCUUCACCGACGACGAUAAAAACGAAUUUUUGAGCUGGGAGUGGAAUCUUGAGAUCAAAAAGAAGGAUUGA